AUGGAGGAGAACCAGCUGACGAGCAACGACUGGAUAGUGCUGGAGCAUCUGGCCAAGCUGCUGGGAUUCUACGAGGACGCUGUGCGGACUCUAGAGGGCGAUAGCCAGCUGCGUAGGCGAAAGCGAGGAUGGGUUGGCUCGUACGGAAAUAUAUGGGAAGUCAUUCAGGGGUUUGAGUUUCUCCUAGAAGUCCUCGAGAAAUACAAGCAGCUCGCGUGCGGGAUACCUAAUUCCGAGCACUUGAGGAUCAACAUCAAUCUGGGCUGGGAAAAGCUCAAUAAAUACUACAGCCUGCUGGAUGAGACACCGAUUUGCUGUACCGCCUUGGCGUUGCAUCCGGCGUUUCGAUGGGGUUAUUUUGAAAAUGAGUGGAAAGAUCAUCCUGAUUGGGUGGUUAAGGCAAAGCAAGCCGUUCGAGAGGUUUGGGAGACGCAAUACCGCCGCCUACGGAUAGUGCCAGGUCGCGUUGCCGAAAGGCCUGCGGCUACGCGGGACUGCGGCAGAGGAAGUAUUAUAAUCCAUUUCAAGCGUACUGCGAGCGCACGCGAUCUAUCUGGGACUAGUGUGGCGGAGGAGGAACUGACUGGCUCUCGCUGCUUUGAUGGAAACGAUGAUGUAGAUGAUGAUGUAGACGAGCUCGAAUUGUGGCAGUCAUCGUGGGAGGACUGCGACGGUGAUGUCCGGGAUCCACUUGAGUAUUGGCAUGAACGUCGAUGGCGAUAUCCUCGGCUCUCGCGGAUGGCGCUGGAUUUUCUGACGAUCCAGGCCAUGUCGGCGGAAUGCGAGAGGCUGUUUUCGGCAGCAGGGCGGAUGGUAACGCCUGUUCGAAGUCGGCUCGAUGCUGAUAUGAUAGGGAUGUGCCAAGUGUUGCGGUCAUGGUUACGCGAAGGGGUGAUUGAAGAUCUUGAUGUCUUGUUGUUCCUCCCGACCGAUGCGGUGACGCGACUGAAGUGGAGUCGGAGGGCGAGGAGGAGGCAGAGGAUGAACGCUGAGGCUACAUAUCGUAAAUCAACGUCAAUUUAUAUCCACUCAACUCAAUUCGAGGUACAGUUGAUCAACGCCACUGAGGCUCGCGGUUGA